AAAAAGGGAAAAUUGUUAGAGUGUAAGGGCGAAUAAGUCCCAUUUUUCGCAUCCUUUCCUGACCUACGUGCCAUUUUAUUAUCCUAAACGUUACAAGUGAUACAUAACUACAUAACUACACAUACAAUUUCCAUAGUACAGAUACUCUAUUACCAAAUCUUGAGCCUCUUUGAAUUUCUUCCUUUUUUUCAUUUUUUACCACACUUUUUGCUCUGGAUUGGGCUUCUUAAUUGUGCCGACGUAAUACAUUAUACGUCUGCUUCUUUUUUCUACUCGUUGUUUUCCGCCUCCUAUUUUUAUUUACAUACAUAUAUCUCUUCUUCCAUUGAACAUAUUCCGAAUGCAAUACAGCCGGUGACGCGACUCGGCUUCGCCCCCUUUCUCCAAAUUACGUUGGAAAAGGUUCUUGCUAGUCUCUUUCACUCACAAUAACCCUUCUGUCUGAAGUCGCACGCUUGGUCAAAAAGUCAAUCGAUUACUCGACUACGACUACCUACAUUUAUUUGACUGGCAUUGCUCAUUUACUCUUGGUCCCACGAUCGAAUCCGUGCCGAGAUACUAUUGGUCAUAUAAUCAUCAACACGUUCGUUAUUCGUCUGCGACAACAAAUCGCAAUCUGCCCGCCAUGAGGCUCGCCUCUCUUGCGCUGUUUCUCAGCGCCGCCGUUCUUGGGAGCGCGCAAGCUGUUGGUUCCGAAACAUAUGAUAACCCUGACCGAGAAAAUACAUACUUUAAUAACAAGAGAGUCCCCCCAAUAUUGGAAUUAACCGCCGACAACUUCGAGAAGGAGGUUAAGCUCACCAAAUUCCUUGUCGUCAAAUAUUAUAGUCCGUACUGUCCUCAUUGUAUAGAUUUUGCUCCCACCUACCAAACGUUGUACGAAUAUUACUACACCUCCAAUGCGCCGACCGAUAAAGAGUCCACGGGCUUGACCCCGUCCUUCGCCAAAUAUUAUGAUAUCAGAUUUGCCCAGCUUAACUGUAUCGCCUAUGGCGAUCUUUGCACCAAGCAUGAUAUCAUGUCGUAUCCCUCCACCUUGCUCUACAAGGAUGGCGUCGUUGCCGACUCUGUUCAGGGUGGUAAGAAGAUGAGUGUUCUCUCGGAAAUGAUCGAGGGUGCUCUGGAAAAAGAGAAGCCCGGUACUCGCCCCACUAAAGUCAUGCUCCCCGAACCUGGCGCGACUACCUUGCCAGAUCCAGCUUCCGAUGCAGAAGUUGUUGAAAAAGGCCAGAAGUCUCCGAAGGAGGGUGGAAAGGACGACGCUACCCCCGCUAAGAAAACGCAGCAAGAAGUUGAGAAAUCGAAGCCAGCGAAGCCUGUCAAGACUCCCAAUGAGCAAGGUAUCUCGGUCUCGUUGACAGCUGAAAGCUUCCAGACCCUGGUUACCAUGACCCAAGAGCCGUGGUUUAUUAAAUUCUACGCCCCCUGGUGCCAUCAUUGCCAGGCCAUGGCUUCCAACUGGCAGCAAUUGGCUAAGGAGAUGAAGGGCAAGCUCAAUGUCGGCGAGGUCAACUGUGAUGCAGAGUCUAGGCUUUGCAAAGAUGCUCAUCUUCGGGGCUACCCCACUGUCCUUUUCUUCAAGGGAGGCGAGCGUGUUGAAUACAAUGGCCUACGUGGUCUUGGUGAUUUCAUACAGUACGCCGAGAAGGCCCUCGACAUCUGUGGUGGUAUCCAAGAUGUAGAUGCUGCGUCUUUCAGUGCCCUCGAAGAGAAGGAAGAUGUCCUCUUUGUCUACUUCUACGAUCAUGCGACUUCAAGCGAGGACUUUAUGGCCCUGGAGAGACUACCCCUCAGUCUCAUUGGACAUGCUAAGCUGGUCAAAACGAAUGACCCUAAGCUCUCCGAGAGAUUCAAGAUUACAACUUGGCCUAGACUACUCGUGUCCCGAGAAGGCAGACCUACAUACUAUACACCUCUGACACCCCGAGAGAUGCGCGAUACGCAUCUAGUCCUGGGCUGGAUGAGAUCUGUGUGGCUACCCAUUGUCCCCGAGCUCACUGCCUCGAAUGCACGCGAAAUCAUGGAUGGCAAGAUUGUUGUACUCGGCAUUCUCAACAGGGAGGACCAGGAGACGUUCAUCAGCGCAAAGCGCGAAAUGAAGCGCGCUGCCAAUGAGUGGAUGGAUAAGCAAAUCCAAUUAUUCCAGCUUGAACGACAAAAUCUCCGAGAUGCCAAACAGCUUCGUCUUGAGGAGGCGGAGGAUCGCAAUGAUCAGCGCGCUCUGCGGGCUGCCAAAAGCAUACGCAUCAGUAUGGACAUGUCUGACCGUAAGGAGGUUACUUUUGCCUGGGUCGAUGGCGUCUUCUGGCAGAGGUGGAUUCGUACCACUUACGGUAUUGAUAUUAAGGACGGUGAAAGGGUUAUCAUUAACGACGAAGAUAACCGACGUUAUUGGGACAUGACUAUCACAGGCAGCCCCAUCGUUCCUUCGCGAGUAUCGAUCCUAGAGACCAUCUCGAAGGUCACCGCCUCUCCUCCCUUGAUCAAGCCUAAGCUCACGAUUUCGAGUUUUGAGAAGAUAUUCUUCGACAUACGAGUCACUUUCUCCGAGCAUCCUUAUCUGUCUUUUGGCUGUGUGGCCGGCAUUGCGUUAGGUUGCGCGUCAUGGUUCCGAGGACGUAUCCGGAGAAAUAAUUUCCGCCUAGACGAGAAUCUCCCUAUCAAGGAAAUCAAGGAGGGUCUCCUUGGUAGCACCGCUAAUGGAAAGAAGGACUGAAGAGGAAAUAUUUAUCAAGCAAAGAAAGAAAUAAAGACGUAAAGCAUUGGCAUUGGGGAAGUGAUGGUUUACUGGGAUUGAUAUCAUCCGGCGGGAGUUUCUGUAUAAUACUCUUGUGUGUUCCUUCCGCUUUGCACAUGCCUACCCAUACAUUUGUCCACUGUCGUCUUCUUUUUUAGAUUCCGUGUCUUGGUUACGGACACGUUUUAUAUCAGCACAGCACACAAGAAAGCCACGACAUGGUAAUGUCAUGGCCCGGCACGAAAUUUAGGGGAAUCAUGGAAAUGAAAUGGAAGGGAGGACACAAAGGGAAGGGGAGGGUUUUCGUCGGGGGAAGGGCAAGAAGAGUAUUAUAAUGGAUAUAUACUGAACUGGGCCCUUUCCUCUCACGUGCCCGUAAGGGGAGUAGAGUAUCGUCAUAAUAAUAUCCUCUUUACUACGAUGUUAUGUUAAAUUAUUGUUAUGUUGCUCUGUGCCGCUUUUUGCUCUCCUCCCCUACAUACCUAGGUGUCUACUUGGCUGUGAUUUUCAUGUGCCAGGUACCUAAGCUACGCACGUUUUAGAUACCUGGGUUAGUAGGUAUAUGAGAUACGAUGGCUUUGGGGUUGGUGGUUUUCUUUAGGGGUCUUGUUUCCCCUCAACAGAUUCUUUGAUAGGUACCUAUAUUAUUCCUGCUACUUGGGUUGGAAUUGGUAGGUAGGUAGGUA